CCGCGACGAACACGACGUUCGAAAGCUGCGACCGACCCUCCAGCCGACCGCCCGACUUUGGUUGAGCCGCUCAGCCGGUGGUGCUAAUCGGUUUCCCGUCCGUCCAGUUCCGUGCAGAAGCUCCGGGGCUGCCCAUGAACGGCACCAUGGCCGCGUCCUCACACCGGAUAAUGCUGGGCCCGCUGGUCGCUGCCAUCGACCAGGGAACGAGCUCCACUCGGUUUUUGGUGUUUAAUGCUAAAACAGCAGAACUCCUCAGCCAUCAUCAGGUGGAAAUCAAACAGAGCUUCCCCAAGGAAGGGUGGGUGGAGGAGGAUCCCAAAGAGAUUCUGCAGUCGGUGUACGAGUGCAUGGAGCGGACGUGCGAAAAGCUGACGCAGCUCAACAUAGACAUCUCCAACAUUAAAGCUAUCGGAGUGACCAACCAAAGAGAGACCACGCUGGUUUGGGACAAGGAGACGGGGGAACCUCUUUACAAUGCAAUCGUGUGGCUGGACUUGAGGACCCAGUCAACAGUCGAGAGACUUAUUAACAAAACUCCAGGAAGGAAUAAGAACCACUUGAAGCAUAAAACAGGACUCCCGAUCAGCACUUACUUCAGCGCUGUGAAGCUUCGCUGGCUCAUGGACAACGUGGACGAGGUCCGCGACGCCGUCGUCUCUCACCGCGCCAUGUUCGGCACCGUCGACUCCUGGCUCAUAUGGUGUUUGACAGGGGGCAAGUCAGGCGGAGUCCACUGCACGGACGUGACCAACGCCAGCAGAACAAUGCUGUUUAACAUUCACACGAUGGACUGGGACCCAGAACUUUGCAAAUAUUUUGGUAUUCCCAUGGAGAUUUUGCCCAGAGUGAGGAGCUCCUCAGAAAUAUACGGACUCAUGAAAAUUUGUUCUAGCCGGAAAUCAGGUGCUCUUUCAGGUAUUCCCAUUUCAGGGUGUCUCGGGGAUCAGUCGGCAGCGCUGGUCGGUCAGAUGUGUUUCCAGGACGGUCAGGCUAAAAACACGUACGGCACCGGCUGCUUUCUCCUGCGAAACACUGGAUCCAAGCCUGUCAUGUCUGAUCACGGCCUUCUGACCACUGUGGCUUACAAACUGGGUCGGGACAAACCUGCCUGUUAUGCUCUAGAGGGCUCCGUGGCCAUUGCCGGAGCUGUGGUCCGUUGGCUGCAGGACAAUCUCGGGAUCAUUGGCUCGUCCGAAGAGCUUGAGAAGUUGGCCGCAUCGGUCGGCACAUCCUACGGUUGCUAUUUCGUCCCGGCGUUCUCCGGUCUUUACGCUCCGUACUGGGAGCCCAGCGCCAGAGGGAUCAUUUGCGGGUUGACUCAGUUUACGAAUAAGAGUCACGUGGCGUUUGCAGCGCUGGAAGCCGUUUGUUUCCAGACACGAGAGAUACUGGAUGCCAUGAACCAGGACAGCGGCAUCCCGCUAACUCAGCUCCAGGUGGACGGAGGAAUGACGUCCAACCGGCUGCUGAUGCAGCUGCAGGCCGACAUCCUCUGCAUCCCUGUCGUGAAGCCGUCCAUGCCCGAGACCACGGCUCUGGGGGCUGCGAUGGCGGCGGGAGCGGCAGAGGGCGUGAGCGUGUGGAGCCUGAGCCCAGAGGACCUGAGCGAGGUCACGUCGGAGAAGUUCGAGCCCCAGAUCAACCCCGAAGAGAGCGAGUUCCGGUACGCCCGCUGGAAGAAGGCGGUCCAGAACUCCAUGAACUGGGAGACGACGGAGCCGGUUUGUAAUGGAAACGGUGAAACCAGCAUCUUCAGCAGCGCCCCCCUCGGCUUCUACAUAAUGGGCAGCAUGCUGAUGCUAAUCGGUGCCAGGUACAUCUCAGGCCACGACUAGGCUCCUCGCUCCGGGGCCGCCGCUCACACCGCCGUCGCACUCCCUGCAAAAAAAAAACAACAUACAAACAAAAAAACAAUCAUUCCAGAAGGAAGACACUCCCUCCCUCUAAACCUGGACCAUCAGGACGUCCUGGAACUGACUAGUGGGACAUUCUCUCCUUCUUCCUCCGUGGCCGACGAGAACACGCGAAUUGUGGGAGGAGUGGGCUGUUGACGCAGACGUUUUUAGAGCACUUUAUAUCUGAUAUUUUGUGUAACAGACGCCAGGUACUAACACGACAAGUGUAUAUAUGUAUAGACGUGGAGGCUUUGGGAUUAUGAUUUGUGGCUUUCAAGUUGCUUGAAAUCUCGACGAACGUGUCGACCAGAAUGAAAUUGAAACGAUUUAACGCAGAAUGACGCAUCCUUCCAGUGAACCGGGGGGUUGAUGCGUUUGUCCUGCAGCCAAAAAAAACAAAAGCCAGUAUUUGCUCUGUAUAGUCCCGCGGUUAUUUAUUUAAUUACACGGCCCUGUGAAACAAAUCUAAAGAGGCAUAUUUAUUGACUGGACUGUAAAUAAAAAGGGGAAUGGGGGAAAAAAAAA